AGACCUCAUUCGAUGUUCGCGAUGUUCAUCAAGCACAGAUGAACGCUCAUCAAUGUGUACUCGACGAGCGCAGUGAUUUGAUGAUCUUUUAAACGGGAUAUUCAGAUAAGAUGCAACUCACGGGACGUUCAGUAUGAAUUCAACGAUAUGCAGUGAUGAUACUCAGUUUGUUUAUGUACAGUCAGAUGAAGCCAUGAAGUUGAAAAGUCGGACCUAAAUUUAGAUAAUUGUUGCUACAAGAUGUACACUCACCCAGACGGAAUUUGAUAUCGUCUAUCUGCAUUUAACUCCAUACUCUGAAGAAAAGAUGACGUAGCCACACUCGACGACAACCAACGACUCAAAAAUCUUCUGUAGCAUAUUAUUUCAUGAAAAAAAAAUAUGUGGACCUCUUUGUUGCCGAGUUCGUCCAAAAUUACCUGUCAUCACUGACCUUCAGUGUUAGGUGCUGUGUUUGUAAUCGACUAAGAGAAUGAAAUGGAAGAGUAUCUUUCUUCUAAUGUGCGUAAUAAGUUCAGCCAUUCUGAUGACUUAUAUGACAAGACUCUAUGAUCAUCCCCACUAUGCUAAGAUCGUUAGACCAAAACCGACUGUUGGACCUCCUAUCCGCAGGUCAUGGCCACCUGCCGAUUGGUGGCGCCCUAGUUCGUCCAAACUCAGAGGUUCGACUUCCAAGCGGAAUAACCUUGGAAAAGAAAAGAUCCCAGAUACCACACCUUCCUCGGUACCAGAAAAUGUCACCGGUGACGUCAUUCCACCCAUUGCAUUCGAUGCUAACACCUCCUAUACGAUAAGCCAUGAUGUUGAGGACAAGUCCGAAGACCCAACGUCCUGUACUCACCAGGACAACGUUGUCUUCAUCAAGACACACAAGACCGGGAGCACCAGUCUAAGCCACAUUGUCAACCGCUACGGCUUCACCCACAACCUGUCGUUUGUCUUCAACCGCCUUAGUCCCAGCAACGGACACUUGGUUUAUCUGCCCUUAAAUGCAAACUCUCCCAGGACCCACUUUCUCCCUCCAAUAGGCAUCAGACUAGGUGACUUCUCCAAGUACAAGUACAACAUGCUUGCUGUUCAUGUGCGUUAUAACCGUAAGGCAAUGGAUACCUUCAUGAAACCAAACACUCAUUACAUAACUAUUAUUCGGGAUCCUGGUACCCAGUUUGAAUCAGCUUUCACGCAUUUCCAGUUGGAUGACUCCUUCCUUAUGCAAGAGAAAAUGCAGUACACCACAAUGAAGGCAAGACUGACGCAGUUCUUUGCAAAGCCAGACUUUUACCGGAAGCGUCUCAAGGCCAUGAAAUGGGAAGGGAUAAUGGGUUUGAGAUGGUAUUAUGCCAAGAACAACCAAGCAUUCGAUCUAGGUUUGGAUCAUGUGUAUCACAAUGAUAAAACUAAGGUGGAAGAAUAUAUCAAGAAAUUGGAUCGCGAGUUCAGGUUAGUUUUGAUAACGGAAUAUUUCGAGGAAUCUCUGGUGGUCAUGAGGAGAUUACUCUGCUGGAGUCUGGAGGAAACACUGUAUGUUGCAAAGAAUGUUCGUCCAAACCCAGCUAAUAUACCAGAGACCCUGCGAAAUAAGAUGAGACAAUGGAACAACGUAGAUACCCAGUUGUAUGAACACUUUAAUCGUACACUAUGGGAAAAGAUAUCAAGGUAUGGUCCCGACUUCCAAACUGAUCUUUCAGAAUUUCGCAGACGUUUGAAAGAGACCUUCGAGUCGUGUGUUGGUGGGACAGAAGUAAAGGCUCAAGGUCAUUACUUCCACUGGAUCGAGUACAAACCACGCAAGGAUUCCAAUAAGCUUUGUGCGCAGAUUGCAGAAUCGAAGAACGCCCUCUUCUCUGCAAUUUGGCGAAGGCAACAGAUCCCUGUAGCCCGAUCGCCUCCAAAACCUCGGUCGCGUAAUGUGGGGCUCCCGUUCGACACACAGCAACUUCGACGUUACCCAUCCGCCAAAUACAUCCUUAGCCGCCAUAAACCACCGAAACAGAUCAAACCCCCUCCGAAAGCAGCAGCCAAAGGAGUGAGCAAAGGUGCAGGACCCCCGCCGCCGAAGGCUGUACCUGCUUCAAAACCUCUUCCUCCUCAACCCGCGCAGAAAAUUAUUAGGCACGUUGUCCUAGCCAAUAAAACAUCGAAUUCACAGCCAGGAGUAGAUGGGAUGAACGAUGACGAUUCCAGUAGUGUCUUAGUGGUCCACGAAACUGCCAAGAUGUUAAGCGACAAUCUGAAGUCUAAGAGGCUAAUAAAUGUAACAGCGGAGGGUACUCGAGUAAAACCAGUUCUCACGUACAAGAAAAAUAGAUGAUCUUCACUUCGCACACUCGGCUGAAAUAAAGAGGAGUGUUUCAUCAAUAUUUUGUCUGACAAUACAACUUUCCUUUAUUGGCCCAGGGGCACAGUUUCUAUAAAUGUUUAAUAAUACAGGACUUGUCUGAUAAAACGUCAGACAAGUCCUUUUAUGAAACACUCCCCAGGGCUCCCUCACAUACUUAAAUAUGGAAUUAAUCCUCUAAUGCCAAUGACCAAUCAAGAUCAUCAUUGCACGCGUACUUUGUUGAAACACUCAUCAGGAACAAAUCAGAGUAGUUCUUUCAUAUUUGAAAAUUACAUUUUAUCGAAAAUCUCUUUGUUACUGGGCCCUGGACUUUUAAGUCUGUAUAAUUCCUCGUCGAAUUAAUGUAGAACAAGAAUGAAAUAUCUGCGAAAAAUUAGAAUUGAUCCUAUUAGCCAAUUGAGAAAGAGCACUUCCAGGUUAGUUGGUAAUUACAUUCAAACUAAGCACGGAAUAUCAACUUGGGCAUGACAAAUCGCUGCUUACUUGGAACAACACAACAUUACUCUCAUACCUCGCUACGUAUAAUUCAUAGAAAAGAUCAGUAUAUGCAGAGUUAAUUUUUAUAUAUUUUUCUUUCUUUUCUCGUGAGCUAAAAAGUACACUCUUAAAAAGAAAGAUGGUGAAUUGAACCUUUCUAAGCACCUGCUCAUCUUCAAUAGAAAAUUUUAACAUAUUUUAUAGAGCCAGAUAUUGCUGCAGUUACACUAACGAAACCAACUCCAAACCGACCGAUGUAAUUGGGGAAAGGUAAUGCAUGGAUUUGGUCGGUGUGGAGUGGAUUUCGUCUGUGCUACUGGGCCCAAGGCUUGGUCCCACUGCACUUACGGAUGCCAAUAGGAUGUAAAACGGAAAACAAUCUUGCCAUCUGUUGGAAAAAACGUUAUGUAUCCGUUGUGUACUCUUUGCAUACGCGUUUCAUACGCUCUAUAUCCAUCGAGCAACCGUCCACUGUGAUUUCAUUGUUCGCCCAUUUUGUUCAUUGUCUGGGGCGAAUGAAAAUGGAUGGAGCCACCCCGAUAUGUUGCUUGUCCGCUGUAUCCGUUAUGAAUACGUUUUGUGUCUGUCGGACAGUGGGACCAGGCCUUCAAUCAACCAUCAGUACAACCACUUUUCUAUGUGGUGGUAUAAUUAUCUGCAUCAUGUCUCCAUGAAUUUUUUUUUAUAAGUCAUUCAAUAUCUUAAACAAUGUCCGACUCCUUACGUAAAAGAAACGAUAUAUCUCAGAUUAAUACAAAAAGUAUGAUUCCAUAAAGAUUCUUAUAGAUACAUAAGGUACAUUGUAGAGUUGCAUACUGUAUCUUGUAUCAAAUAGAUGAAAAUAGAACCAAUGCGAUAGGAACGAAACACUACAUGUAUAUGUAAAAAGCAAGGAUAAAAGAGCAUUGUCGAUUAAAUGCCCUGCUCACGGGCAUAUAGGUGCCGCUGCCGGGGAUCGAACCCCGGACUUCCCAUGUAUAGCCAGGCGCUUUAAGGCGACCGCACGCCUUGCGAUUGGUCUGCGACUCAAUUUUGGAAUAAAACGUAGUAGAGUGUGAUGCUAAUAUUGAGACUUGGAAUAUCUUACUGUGUAAUGUUCGAAAUCAUCGUACGAAUCCCUAUGUUCAGAUCUGUGGCUAUGCUAUCAUCAUUCUUAGAAUAAAAGCAAAUUUAAUAUCUAGUCGUAAUGACGUCAUAGCAGUCUUACGAUUGGCUACGAUUUGAAACUAAUUUGGCCUUUACUCCAAAAUAAAGGCUUACAAUCUUACAAAAUGGUUAUAUUAGUAUUCUUUCAAUGAAUUUUAACCUCAAAUAAAAUGACGUGUUCCAUUCACAUUUUCAAAAAAUGAGCAAAAUGCGAUUUGUUCCAAAAUCAGAUCGCAAACAGUCGUAAGGUGUGCGGUGGCCUUUAGACCACUCGACAUCGGCACCUCCACAACAACGAUAUCGAUCCAAAACGAUUACAUUAUUUUCUAUGACAUCACACUGGUCAGUUUGAGUGCUAUUCUUAUUGUUACUACCUUUUAUAUAUCUUAGUUAUGAUUACAGAGGUUUAUUUCCAAUUCGUCUAAAUACCUAUUCGUCCAAUCGCCAACUCGUCUACUAUCAUGUGGUCUACCAUCAGUUCGUCCACUAUCCACAUGGUCUAAUUGCUAUUUCGUCCACUCACCAUUUCGUCUAAUAACCAGUUGGUCCAAUAAUCAUUUAGUCCAUAUACCAUUUGGUCUAAUUGGACUAAGUGUUAAUUGUGCAAAAUGAAUGAAAAUAAAAUGGAUAUUAGACCAACUGGUUAUCAGACGAAAUUGUCACAGACGAAAUGGUCAUAAACGAAAUGGUGAUUAGACGAAGUGAUGAUUGGACCAAAUGGUUGUUAGACGAAAUGUUGGUGGACGGAAUGGCAUUAGACUAAAUGAAGGUAGACUAUGUGGUGAGUGGACGAGUUGGCAGCGAACGAAUUGGCAAUUUACCAUUACCAUGAUUACAGUAAAGUUGUACAAAAUGCGAUAUACAAUAUUGAUAAUAUAUUUUCAUAAAAAAUAGAGACGGUACAGUUUAGCCAGGUUCUUUGACAGAAAUGAUGGGAUAAAAUAUGGGCAAUAGGUAGGAAUAUAUAAUACAAAUAUCGUUAUCUUGGUGCUUUUAGAAGUAUGAUAUUAAGUUCAUUGUAUUGUUGAGUUUGUUGUUGUAUUCAAACGGUGUGUUGUGUCCGGAUAACGCUGUUGGUCCAUUUGUUCAAAAGGCAACGAUUUUUAUAAAAAAGUUUUCUCGUGAAACUAAAAAGUAAGAAAAUGAUACAAUAUAGGCCUACUGUGUAGGGAAAUAAGCCCACAAUGAGGGCCCUUGCAAAUUUAUAUCAAGUUUUACUAUUUUUUCUUGAUUUUUUUGGCGUGCUUAUUUCUUGCUUUUGAUUUUAUUUAAAGUGUAGAUGUGCAAUUUUACCAAGAACUGGCGAACUUAAAUUCUUGCCUAUUUCAACUGCUUACACUUUUAAAGCACAUAGGAAAGCACUGGCGAUGAAUUAUUGUGUAAACGUUGGCUAUUUUGUUGUUGAUAUCGUUAUAAUGUAAAGUUAUUUUUAUUUGUUUUGUACCAGUUUGUCAUCAUGUUGUUGUUUCGUGGUCGCCGACUUCAAGGAAAUUUUUAGUAUAACUUAUAGUUAAUUGAGAAUAUUUCGUAUUGUAUUUCGUUUCUUUUACCGGGUUUAUUUAUUGAUACAUAACAAAUAUCUUUCUUAACAAAUUUUCAGCAUUACUCCUAUGUUAAUAAUUCGUUUACAAAUUAUAAUUUCUCCAAUCAAAGCCUCUUUAUUUACUAUAGCACAUAUAAUUAGCAUAAUUUUUGUUUAUGAACAUUGACAGACAUAAUGUUACACCCUUCUUUCAUUAAGCUAUUGUCAUUAUUUUUAAAAGGAAUUUUGUUAUUCAUUUUAAAUGUUAUAUACAUCCAGUAGUGUAUCUAUUUUGCUAAGAAGGGGGGGGGGUACCAGUUCGUUUGACCCAGUGGCGAAGAACUGCGACGUACUGCGUCUCUCCGGUGAAUCCGCCAGUUCGAUGAUUUUAUGAUUUCAUUUUGACGAAGCAUUUAUCUUGCAGACAAAAGAAAAAUGCGAUUAGUCUUGAUUUGAGACUAAUGCAAUUAGAAUUGCGAUCAGACGCUACUAAAAAAUAUCAUUCACAAUUUGAUUUUCAACAGUGGAAAAACGUGUUAUAGAGACUUGUGCUUGUCAGUUAGUUAGCUUUGUUUUGUUUUUAGCCGCCAUUCAGUGCAACUCUUCACACAACGAGCUCAAUCCAGACUGAUUUAAGAUGUGUAAAUUUGGAAGAUUAACGAUGUUAACAUAAUGUUAUUUAGGGUAGUUAUUAUCGAACAGGAAUACAUAAAACGGGCAUAAGAAAGCUAGGUCGUUUCGCUUCCUCGCUUUCGUUCAUAAAAAUACAUUUGUUAAGUUAAGAAGAGGAUUUUGGUGCAAUAAAAAAAAAUCAGGUUCUCCAAAUUUCAUACCGGAUAAAGGCAACUACUCCCCUGUAGGUAAGCUCAUAUUUAUUUAAUUCAAACCAUACAAGUUGGUUUUAAAAAAUACUGAAAGAGUAUAGUCUAUACUCGUUUAUGGCUGAUACGUUCUUUUCUCGUGGGUAUCAUACGCCCGUCCCCAAAAUGUAUGUGUAGUUAAUAAGUCAAUGAGAGUGCUUCUUAUUUCAUGUAGUAGUAAAUGAACACUAUAUAUUUUGUAUACUCGGUUAAUGAACUUUAUGAAAGAAUAUUCAACGACAUAUUAUAUAAAUAUGGAUUAAAGAAUUCAGACA